CAUCUCGGGAGGUUAUAAAGGUAGCCUAUAGCUGCUUUGGGCCACAAAAUCCAGUUCGAGAAGAGGGGGAGAUUAAUCCAUUCUUCCCCAGAAUCUGGUCUCUCCCUUUCUUCUGCCGUGUUCAACGCUUCUCCUCUCAUCUUCGUCUGAUAUUUUUUUGACGGUUGGAUCUUCAUCAGAAGUUGGCUUCUCAUCUUCUCUACAGCUGGAUUGGUUAUAAAUAGUUUUCCGCAAUUCUAGAGCCAGUUGAAGGCGUAAAUUUCUCUGAAUUUGGGUGAAUAUUUGGACUAGAUACUCUGGGUUUUUGUUUUUUUUUUUUUUUUGUUCUUUUUUUCUAUACUUUUCAUAUUUUUGGGUUGAAUUUAAAGGUUGGGUAUUUGGUGUUUCUGUUUCUGGAUGGAUGGAUGGCGUUGCUGGUUUUUGUUCAAAUUAGCUUAGGACGGGAUAUCAAUGGUGGAAUUUGAUUAUUUUGGAUUAAAGUUGUAACUUUGCUGUUGGUGAAUACUGAUUUUCUCUCCUCUUUGAAGCUCAAAUAAUUUACGGAAGGAAAAGAAUCCGUUAUUUCUUGCAAAAAUUUGGAUAUUUUCAACUAAAAUUCGGUUGUGAUAUCGCAUUGGUUUGUCAAUCGUGGGGGUGUUGAAAUUAAUUGUUCUUUCUGGAUCCUCAAUUGGUGUUGAUUUGUCUGCCGGAAUUGGGUUAGCUCGGUUGGUUUUAGGGCUCUAUCUGAUUUUGUAGCUGAAUUUCACAACUAUUUUGUGAGGGUUUCUGGAAAUAUAUAACAAGAAUGGUGGAAUCAAUCGCGACAACUUCCCUUCUUGCGCACCGUCCCUUGUGUCAAGGAUCUCCCGCCAGGGAUGGCUCGAACAGAAGAAGACUAUUGGACUUCUGUCUGCUCCCGGCGACGAAUUUCGUUGGUAGACGAGUUAUCUGUUCUACCUCAUCUUCAACUCCAUGGAGAACUGAAAGGUGGGGAGCUGGCAGAGUUGGGGUCUCUUCAAUUAAAGCCCUCGCAAUGGAACUGACGAAGGAGGCAUAUUCACCCAGAGACGAAGAGAGAAUACCUCGGAAUUGGAGGUAUUCCGUUGAUACUAAUACACUUCAAAAGCAAGGGUUGUGGCCGCCUCCAAACAAGGCCGAUAAUCCCUCGCUUCACAAUCCGUUGCUUCGACAGGAAAGAAUGGGAUGUGGAUGGUUGGGUGCAAUCUUCGAAUGGGAAGGAGUGAUUAUCGAAGAUAAUCCUGAUAUUGAGAAACAGGCAUGGUUGGUUCUGUCCCAGGAAGAGGGAAAAUCUCCGCCUCCAGCUUUCAUCCUCAAGAGAAUAGAAGGUAUGAAGAAUGAACAAGCACUCUCUGAAGUUCUCUGUUGGUCGAGAGAUCCAGCGCAGCUCAGAAGAAUGGCUCUGAGAAAGGAGGAGAUAUAUCAGGGUUUGCAGGGUGGGAUCUAUAGGUUGCGUGCAGGAUCACAAGACUUCGUCAAUGUUCUGAUGAACUACAAGAUUCCGAUGGCUUUGGUUUCUACCCGUCCGAGGAAGACUCUUGAAUUCGCGAUCGGAGCUAUUGGAAUUGAAGGGUUGUUCAAUGUGAUUGUCACGGCGGAGGAUGUACACAGAGGGAAGCCUGACCCUGAAAUGUUUGUGUACGCAGCUCAGCUUCUCAACUUCAUUCCAGAGCGGUGCAUCGUGUUUGGGAACUCCAACUCGACGGUGGAGGCCGCACAUGAUUCUCGGAUGAAGUGCGUGGCUGUGGCAAGCAAGCAUCCCGUGUAUGAGCUUGGAGCUGCAGACUUGGUCGUGAGGCGCCUUGAUGAACUCUCUGUAGUUGACCUGAAGAACCUUGCUGACAUUGAAUCAGAUGAAUUUGGGUCCGGAGAACCAGAGGCAGAGAUGGAAGAGGAAGAAGAUGAUGAUCCUUAUCCAUCUACGGCAGUGGCAGUUGAUGAUUUCUGGUAAGUCCACCAAUUAUGUACAGAUAGGUCCUUAUGCUUCAUCUAAUUCUUUAUGAUGAUCAUCAUGACUUAGGUCUUAAUUCUCCCUUAGCUAUGUAUAUUUGGCUUACAGUGUACAAAAAAGAAAAAAAAAAAGGAAAAACAGAGAAGUGGGUGGUCUGCAUUGGACUACCCUUAAUGUUAUCAUGUUUGUCUUAUAUGUGAAUAUGAAUAUGCUUGUUUCAAACCCUAAAUGUGUGGAUAGCAUAUGUUCUGUUCUAAAUGAAGUUUAGAUGAUCACACCAGUUUUGUA